UUACACAAGUUGGGGGGGGGAGAGGAGAGAAUGCGCUGAUGUUGUUUCUGACAUCUGUUUCAAAACUGCAACUUCCAUCUGUGACUAUCAGUUACAGUGCAAGACAGCUGAUUGUAACAAGCUGGGUAAGAAAACAGGAUAUGCCUUCUGUUGGGAUGACAUUAAGGUCCUAGCAUUGCAUGUGCCAGUGGGUCCCACUCUGAAAGCUCCUGCAUAGUCUUUGCACAACCUGAUAUAUUUUGUUUCAUGAUUGUGGUGACAGAAGGGGAAGUGUUAUGGGCCUGUGUGUACAUAGGUCUAUUGGCAACAUCCUGAUUUACACUUCAGAUUGUCUAGCUGGCUUGAUUUUUCUCAUAGCAAUAUUACAAGAAUCUAGAGUAAAAUGCAACAGCUCAGGUCACCAGCUAUAAAGCCCUAUCAUCGAUGUUGAGGGAGCAUGCCUGGACAUCUAACCAACACCUCAGCAUGAUGCUGGGCCAAGCUUCUUGUUGGAAGUGCCUUCUUUUGGACAAUAUAUAAAACGAAAGUCUGGAAGAUGUAUGGUCAUUACAGUGCCCAUGGUAUAGGAGAAAACAACUGUUAAGAGGUUACUUCUGGUAUCCUGGCUCACUUCUGAUUUGGGUGAUUUCAUUCAUUCCCUCUGAAGUUCCAAUUUGAUGGGGAUUACUCCACUCACUGUGUAGCUCUGAGCUGUCAGCUGCUGUGUUCCAGCCCAGAGGAGGCUGCACUUCAAUCCUGGGUUAAAUGGUUCUUGGGUCUGGUUUGCAAAGCGCUUUGGGAUCCUUCCGGAAUGGAGAAAUGCAGCUCCCUAGCAGUAGAAACAGGGCAGGAGAGCUAAGGGCGGGACUGGCUUCGAGCAUCGCUGCAGCUAAACAACCCAAGAGCGAGUCAGGGGCUCUGCAGGGCAUGGGGCGAAUUCCCGGGGCUGGGAGCCGGGCAGCCUCCUCCCCACUGCCAGCAGUCAGCAUGCGCUCCGCUCUCCCCGCCUCCAGCCGGGCUGCGCUUCCCUCCCCGCCAUUCGCGGCACACUGCGCUCCGGACUCGGCUGCAGGAGGCAGAGUGAAGAUGAGUUGUGAAGAGAUCCGUGUGUUUGCAGUGAAAUUUGGGCAAGAUUUUGACCUCUAUUUUGCAGAUGAUGAAGGUCUGGAGUGCGACUACUGGAAGGAAGUCUUCCCCCUACAGCACCAGAUCUUUCGAAAUGUAUCUAAUCAGGUACUCGUGGUACGGCUCGGACCAGAGAAUAAUGUCAUGAGCGUAUUUGAGUCUAUGACAGAUCAAGAGAUGAUAGCUGGAUGCGGAGUGCAUUUCAACAUCCACUAUUACAGAGACAACAGGCUUGAGGACGGGAUGUCUGUGGCAUUCAGCAUCAUGGUAGAAAACAAGACUUACUGUAUGUACUGCACACAUGAAGGUGGGGAAAAGAUUGUUCGAUUUAGGGAAGAAGUUGUUCCCAAAGAAAUUCUGGAAAACAGCAGUGACAUCAUCUUCAUCCAAAAGUCAAUUUCACCAAGAGACACACAAGCAUUCAAAUUUGAAUCUUCACUAAUGCGAGGAUACUUCUUGGCCUUUCAGAAAGGAGAGGACUUAAGCAAACUGAUUUUAAAGCGAUGUGAUGAAGACCAAGUGGAUGAAACCACACAUAUCAUUAUCCCCUAAAUAAACGGAUUUGACAAUGUAUCAUACACAAGCAAUUUCUAGGCCAUUUUUAUACAACUUUUAUUACUUAAGUGGUCAAACUAUCUCUAUGCUAAACUGUGUAACCCUCCACUGUAACCACUCAAACACACAGCCUGCGGGCACUGAGUUAAGUUCCUCAGGGUCUGUACUGAGUUUAUUGGCUCCAGGACUGACACUUUUCAGUUCUUAGCUGCAGCUGACAGCAUAUAUAGAAACAAAAUAAACUGGCGGAUAUGGAGCUUAUGAAUUCUAUAAUCAGAGAGAUGAGUGUCUGUUGCUCGUUACAACAGGGCUUCUGUGGAAAGGCUGCUAUUUACCACAAUGCUUUCUCCAAAAAAAGCAAGUCUUUGCAUAAGAUUGUCAUUGCCAACUUUUUGAAUUAAGUAUUAAAUUUACAAUUAAAUGAACCUUUG